GAGCGAAGAGAGAGUUGGUGUAGAGAGAGAAGAGGAGGGGACCCAGGACGGAACCCUGAGGAUCUCCAGUAGUAAGAGGACAAGGUUCCCACACAGAUCCUCGCAGGUUACCCGAUAGGUGCGGCCGUCGAGGUAGGACGAGAGAAGGGAGAGAGCAGAGCCUGAGGCACCAAGUUCCUGAAGGGAGGAGAUAAGGAUCUGGUGGUUUACUGUGUCAAAUCCAGCAGAGAGAGUUGGUGUAGAGAGAGAAGAGGAGGGGACCCAGGACGGAACCCUGAGGAACUCAGAGAGACUGAUAAUCGGAGGUCAAUCUUUCCUUGACCUCCGUGACGUUUUCCACAGAGGUCAAGGAAAAAUGGUUAGGAAUAGACGUGAUGAGGUGUUUUUUCGACAAUUCGAAUCCAGACUACUUCUGGGUAAUUUAAUUCGGUUAGGACCCUUCCUAAGCAAAACGACUACUCCAAUCCAGCCAGGGAGGAACCGUCAGAAGGAAACACUCCCAUGUUGAUGUGUCGCUCUAAGCCAGGGGUUUCACACCCGGGCAGAUACUGCCCACUUCGAUCGAAUGCGGGUCAUCAGGCAGGCCGCGCCGGCUUCGGCAGCGGGCCGCACAGGACGCCACGGCGGAGCGGAUUUGACAUAUGUACUCUAAGCGGCCUGACUUCCUGUGUGACCUCUGGCUCCCUCUGAAGCACAUCUGGUACUCGUGGCUCAGAGAUAUCAGCUGUGAUACAGAAACAAUUCUUAACGGAAUGAUUUCUCUUUUCUAAUAACAUGUGAGUCGCUAUUAAUGUAUUAAUCUUAUUUCCAGUCCCUGCCAUAGCUAGAGCUCUACUGUUGCCAGGUAACAGUGUGAGAAUGUGUGUCCUUUGUGAUGUCAGCAACAAAGUGACUACAUGAAUGAAGGAGAAGGAGGUAGUGAAUGAGAGGAGGAAAAAGAAAAUGGAGCACAUGAAGGAAAUAUGAGGUGGGGGGAGGAAAUGAAGGAGAGAGGAGAGAAGUAAAUAUGAAGGAAGCAAGGAGGUGAUGAAGGAGACGAAAAAGGUCCUGAAGACGAGGCUCAGAGGAGGAAGAGCUCUUGAGUGUGAGGACCAACGCUGCAGAGAGGAUGAAGAGUGUCCGGUGCUGACGUACCAGAAGAAGUCCGAGGAUGACGAGCGCCGCCCCGCCCAGGAAGCCGUAUCGGAAGGCUCCGCCCCAGCACCGCGAGCAGCGCCGCACCACGCCCGUAGCUCCACCUGCGCCGCACCCCGACAUCAAUCAGGUAAACCAACCCCCCCUAAACACACCUCCAUUCCUGCCACUGCGCCUCGCCCGCCUCCCCCCCGCCAGCUCGCCGCUCUCGGACAGCGAGCUUGAUGUCUCCAGUCUUUCCAGUGUAGAGCUCUGCAUCACGCCUCCACCGCCUUUCAGCCGGAGCCGGGCUAGAACCGCGGCGGUGGGCGUUGCCACGAGUCCUCGCCACAGUGAAGGCUCCCCGGCGCAGCAGAGGCCUGCCCACCUGCCUCACCAGACCACCACGCCUCCCAAGGGGAUCUUGAAGCCGCCGGGUUUGGCUCACGCCUAUGACUUCAUCAGAAAGUCACGGUCCGAGGAGCUGCUGGAUGACAGCAGGAGUCGUGACGGUACCGCCCUCAAGCCGCCCACUUGCUCUCUGGACCGGUGGGAUCAGCAGGCACCCGCCUUGCGGCGCUCCUCGGACCCCCCCCCACGCGGGACCGACUGGAACUGGAAGACACAGGUUCUGCAGGACAAGGUCCGCUUCUCCAACUUCCUGGACGAGAUCACCUGUAGCGUCCUGAGUCCUGCCCACCUGACGCUGCUCGGGAGGACGUCCUACAGCGAGCGAGGAAACCUUCCCGCCCAGCGCCACGGAAGCCCAGCCCACAGAAAGCAGUGUGCGGAGGGACCGCCCACCGACCGGACCCGGCGCUGGAACGACUGGGUGGCAGCAAUGCAGCAGCCCGGGAGGCAAGGGAGAGUCACAGAGGGGGCGGGGCAUAAAGAGGAGGCGUGGAGGGUGAAUAGAGGAGCAAAGAUAUUGGUUCAAGAGACUGGGGAGCCACAAAGGCAAAAACACAGACCUCCUGCAUCUAAUCGGUGUCUUCUGUCCCACGCCAAGGAGACAUUCUCAGACUCUGAGCGGAUCAGAAUCCUCCAGCAGCAGAAUGAGGAUCUACAACGUUGCCUCUCUCUCUCCACCCACAAGAUGGAGGCCAUGGAGGCGGAAUUUGACAGCAGCCGUCACUACAUGGAGGCGGAGCUGAGCCGGACCAGAGACGACCUGGACAAGAUGAGGGACAAGUUCCGCAGACUCCAGAACAGUUACACAGCGUCUCAAAGAACCAAUCAGGAUCUGGAAGAGAAGCUUCAUUCUCUGGCGGCUGUCAGUCAAACUUGGGUUCAUGCACUACGGAAGGUGGAGAGGGACAAAAAGACGAUGGACCAGGAGAUCGUGGAGUUAACAAACAAACUGCUGGACGCCAAGAACUCGAUUGACCGCCUCGAGGAGCUCAAUGAGCGGUACAGGCAGGACUGUAAUCUUGCUGUCCAGCUGCUCAAAUGCAACAAGUCACAUUUUAGGAACCACAAGUUUGCUGAUCUCCCCUCUGAGCUUCAGGACAUGCUCAACAAACACAUGACCAGCCUACCUGAGCGAGGCUCCGCCCCCGGCGCCCUGGACCCGGACACGCUAAGUCUGACCCCGGCUGACGUGGUGCCGACCUCGGUCAUCGCCCGCGUGCUGGAGAAGCCGGAGCCGCUGGUCCUGAACUCGGCCCAGUCCUCCAGCGCCAGCCGGCCCGCCUCCGAGGACGUGUUCGUGCACGUGGACAUGACGGGCCCCCCCCCAGAGUGCCAAGAGGCGGCUCAGCAGAAUGGCUCUUGUCGCAGUCAGGACAGCCUGGACGGGCAGUCGGGCGGCGAGGAGGGGGGCGUGGCCACAUCCUUUGACAAGCUGAACCCCUAUCCGGCGCCGCCACACCCCCACCCGCUGUACGCGGGUCGCAAGGUCAUCGAGUUCUCCUCGGAUGACAAGGUGAAGCUCCCCAAGAAUUCGCCGCUGCCCAACUGCACAUACGCCACACGGCAGGCCAUCUCGCUGAGCCUGGUGCAGAGUGAUGACGAGCGCACGACCCCCGCAAGCCCCGCCCCCUCGGGGGGGGGGUUCCUCCACCGCACGCCGCUGUCGCAGCGGGACAUCGGCAGUGAGCCACAGUCAGGCCAGUCCAGCCCCUUCAGCAGCCCGCCACAGGCGCUCAGCGUGCUGGCGAGCUCCGGCAGCUCGGAAGAAGACCUGCUGGCCAACUGGCAGCGGAUGUUUGUGGAGAAGGUGGCACCGGCCAGCGACUUGGCGCUUCACCGCACCUCCUUCAGCAGCCAUACGGCACAGGAGCUGCAAAGGAGGAGGCCGGCCGCAGGGGGCGGAGCCUCCUCCGAGCGCAACCGGGCGGCCUACUCGGACGGGGAGGAGGGCUCAUCGGCGCGGAGCUGGACGCCGAGCCGCGGUUCCAGCCCUUGACACCGACACCGACAUGGAGGCCUCGGCCCCGGCAGAAGGGGGGGGGCGCGCUUCGGGGACGGAGGCCCUCCCCGGAGGAGGGCG